AUUCUUGAUUAUGUGAACAAAGUCAAACGAAAUGGAGGCGUCACAGUGUGAGGUACCGGAGAUCUACAAGAAGGCAUCGCAAGAGAGUUUGCCGGCCUUGAAGCAGCAUGAAGAACAAGAACUAGUCGACAAAAGUUUGCGCAAUGAAGGACGAUGGACGAAACAACUCGCCUUUGUUGCUUUUGGAUCGACAAUCGGUGCAGCUGUGCCGAGUGGUUACUUUGUUGGUGUAAUGAAUAGUCCUGCUGAGUUUAUGCGAAGUUGGUGUAAUCAAACGCUGAUAGAACGUUAUGACUGGCACCUGACUGAGACGGGCAUCAAUAUUUUGUGGUCGACGAUUGUUUCAAUUUUUCUCGUGGGCGGCGCGAUAGGAUCGCUAACGGGAGCCAAAGUGGCUAACAGAUUUGGAAGACGAAGCAGUUUCCUUUCAUGUGGUGGUCUGUUUAUCAUAGGAGCUGUACUCCUCUACACCUGCCGCAUGUUGCACUCUGUGGAGGCUCUUAUCCUUGCCCGUUUUCUGGUUGGUUUGGCAGCAGGUUUAGUCGUUGCUUGCCUACCCAUGUAUCUUGCCGAAGUGGCGCCACUUUCCAUGCGAGGUGUAUUGGGCGUCUUUUGUCCAAUGGGACUAACAGCUGGUGUUGUAGUAGCACAAAUUUUAAGUUUACGUAGCGUUUUCGGCAACGCUGAACAAUGGCAUUUGGCAAUGAGCCUCUAUGUUGUGCUGGUCUUGAUUUGCUAUGCACCAAUGGCUUACUAUCCCGAGAGUCCGAAAUGGUUAUACGUUAUUAAAGGGGAUGAGAAAGGCGCGCGGAGGCAAUUGAAAGCAUUACGCGGAGAUGUUAGCGAAGCUUCUAUAAAUAGGGAAAUGGCUGAAAUGGAAGUCGAAGCGAAUGUAAAAGACCAAGUUAGCGGAUAUGGCCCUGUCCUGGCUGACCCUAAGCUACGACUGCCAUUGAUCAUCGUUUGUGCCUACCAGGGUGGACAGCAGUUGUCGGGUAUUAACGCAAUUUUCUACUAUUCAGUAUCGAUUUUCCUCCGAGCUGGCCUAACCGCAUCUGCUGCUGAGUUGACCAAUUUGGGCGCCGGUUCUCUCAACUUGGUUGUGUCUUUAAUGGGCCCAUAUCUAAUGGGUCGCUUCAAUCGUCGUCCACUCAUGCUCUUCUCAACAUUCUGUUGUUGUAUUGCGCUAAUGGCAUUUUCACUUUUUCUGUACUUUAUCGACUACGUGCCUUGGUUUGCCAAUGGCUGCAUUAUUUGCAUCUUUCUUUACAUUUUCUUUUUCCAGUUUGGUUUGGCUCCCAUACCAUUUUUUAUUGGAUCCGAACUAUUUGAAGUGGCACCUCGACCAGUGGCCAUGUCACUUGGUAGCGUUUCUUCUUGGGUGUGUAAUUUCUCUGUGGGUAUGCUCUUUCCCAUUCUACAGGAUGCAUGGGGCUCACUCGUAUUCAUACCGUUUUCUGUUGUCUGUGCGGCGCUGUUUAUCCUAACUAAACGCUAUCUACCGGAAACAAAAGGACGUGACCCCUCACAAGUGGUGCAAUUGGUGGCGAAGGGUUUUAAAUCGAAUAUACGCGAAACCUAGUAGUUUAAGUGAACUUCUUACUUAAGUUAUAAGCUUAUAAUAUAAGCCUUAUAUGAUUAAAUUA